CGGAAGGCUAUAUCCGUAAUUUAGCGAUCAACGAAAUCCUCCUGCCUGCAUCUUGUUCCAGCGACCUCGUUUCGCCAAUUCGCCACUGCUGCAAACCCUAACUGUUGCCAUUUGAAGAAGCUCCCUCAACCCUGAUUUUAAUUCAGUUGUAUCAAUGACGUCGUCAAAGAAACAUCACAAGGAGAAAGUUAUUCGCCGCAAAGAGGAGAAAGCAGAACAGCCGGAGUUGCCAAAAUACAGAGACAGAGCAAAGGAGCGAAGAGAAGAUCAAAAUCCUGAUUAUGAGCAGACUGAAUUGGGUUCUUUUCACGCCGUUGCGCCUCCUGGAAAUGUUGAUCUCCGGGCAGCUGAAGCACAGAAGUUAUCCAUUGAGAAGAGCAAGUAUCUUGGAGGUGAUGUGGAACACACGCAUUUGGUCAAAGGAUUGGAUUACGCUUUACUUAACAAAAUAAGAAGCGAGAUUGACAAAAAGCCAGAUGCUGAAGAUGAGGCUGAUGCAAAGUCUAGGGCAUCUAAGGAAGACCAAAAAUUGUCAUUUCGAACUGCAACUGCAAAGUCGGUGUACCAAUGCAUAGUCAAGCCACAAGCUGUUAUAAAAACCAAUGAGAUGUUCCUUCCUGGUAGGAUGUCAUUUAUUUUCAACAUGGAGGGUGGAUACACUCAUGAUAUCCCAACCACCUUGCAUAGGAGCAAAGCCGACUGUCCGCAACCAGAGGAAAUGGUAACUGUCAGUGUUGAUGGUUCUGUACUUGAUCGAAUUGCUAAAAUUAUGUCAUAUCUUCGUCUUGGAUCUUCUGGAAAGGUUCUCAAGAAGAAAAAGAAGGAGAAAGAUGCAAAAGUUAUAGGAAAGAUUUCAAUUAUUGGUAAUGAAUUUGUUGAAGAGGAUAAGCCCUCGAAGCCUGAUGCUGGGACUUCGAAGAAUGAAACUAAAAGAGAGAUUUUGCCUCCGCCCCCACCUCCACCUCCUGGUCCUCCCCCGAGGAAAAAUCAUAUAGAUUCAAAAGCACAACAAGGCCCAACUAUGGCUAGAGCAGAUGAGGAUGACAUUUUUGUUGGGGAUGGUGUUGACUAUGCUAUUCCUGGUAAGGAUUUGAGUCAAAGCCCUCUCUCUGAAGACAUGGAAGAGUCUCCCCGGAACAAGGAAAAAGUUUCUUAUUUUGAUGAACCUGUUUAUGGUCCCGUCCAACCCUAUGGGGCGCCUCAGGAAUGGCAAGAAACAAAUGGAUACGAUGCAACACAAACACAAAUGGCUGGGGCCUACCAGGGUGAGUGGCCGGCGGAGUACCAAUAUGCUGAGCAAAUGGCUUAUCCUGAACAGUACCUCCAGCCAAAUAUGGAGGGUUAUGAUGUUGAAGCAGGCCUAAACAUACAGGAUCCACGCUUUAUGACUCAAGAAGAGAAGGAUCGGGGUUUAGGAUCUGUGUUCAAGCGUGAUGACCAAAGACUUCAACAAUUGAGGGAGAAAGAUGCCCGAGAAAAGGAUCCCAACUUCAUCUCAGAGAGUUAUUCUGAAUGUUACCCUGGCUAUCAAGAGUAUAAUCGGGAGAUCGUUGACAGCGACGAUGAAGAUGACUUGUCAAAAAUGGAUAUGGGGGGACGAGCUAAGGGUCGUCUUCACCGAUGGGACUUUGAGACAGAAGAAGAAUGGGCAACAUACAAUGAGCAGAAGGAAGCUAUGCCGAAGGCAGCAUUCCAAUUUGGCGUGAAGAUGCAAGAUGGUCGAAAGACACGAAAGCAAAACAAGGACCAGAAGAUCACUAAUGAUCUGCACAAGAUCAACAAGAUACUUGCCAGAAAGAAGAUGGAUAAGGACAUCGAUGGAGAGGGCGGCGGCGGCGGCCAUUACGACGAUGAUGUACAGCCUGGCAAGAAGCUUCGUGUUUGAAUUGAAGCUAGUUAGUUAGGUUAACAAAUUGUAAUAUUUAUUGGGAAAAUUUUGAUGUACCUUAAACUGCUUUGAAGUGAAUGGGAAAUAUGAGAAACCAUUUCCUUUUCCU